GGGACGCACGCGCCGCCGCAGUAGCGAAAGCCGAGCCGCGGGGCAGGAAGCGUCUUGUCUGGAAGGCGUCAGGGCCGUAGUGGCUGCUGGUUGGCGCGUGGAUCGUGGCCGCGGCGGGAGGUCCCACCACGUGUUUUUGGCGGCGACAUGGAGCUGGAAGAGUUGGGGAUCCGAGAGGAAUGUGGCGUGUUCGGAUGCAUCGCCUCCGGAGAGUGGCCCACGCAGCUGGAUGUACCGCAUGUGAUUACCCUCGGACUGGUGGGGCUGCAGCACCGGGGCCAGGAGAGUGCUGGCAUUGUGACCAGUGAUGGAAGUUCUGUACCGACAUUCAGAAUACAUAAGGGACUGGGUCUUGUCAAUCACGUCUUUACUGAAGAUAAUUUGAAGAAAUUAUAUGUUUCAAAUCUUGGAAUUGGACACACGAGGUAUGCCACAACAGGAAACUGUGAAUUAGAAAAUUGUCAGCCCUUUGUUGUUGAAACACUUCAUGGGAAAAUAGCAGUGGCACAUAAUGGAGAAUUGGUAAAUGCUGCUCAAUUAAGGAGAAAGCUUCUUCGUCAGGGUGUUGGUCUGUCAACAAGCUCUGACAGUGAAAUGAUUACCCAGUUACUGGCAUAUACGCCUCCUCAUGAGCAAGAUGACACCCCCGACUGGGUAGCAAGAAUUAAAAACUUAAUGGAGGAGGCACCUACAGCGUACUCCCUACUUAUCAUGCAUAGAGAUGUCAUUUAUGCAGUGAGAGAUCCUUAUGGAAAUCGGCCUCUGUGCAUCGGUCGUCUGAUCCCUGUCUCCGAUAUAAAUGAGAAAGGAAAAAAGUCUUCAGAAACGGAAGGAUGGGUGGUGUCUUCAGAAUCUUGUAGCUUUUUAUCUAUUGGUGCAAUGUAUUACCGUGAAAUCUUGCCUGGAGAGAUUGUGAAAAUAUCCAGACAUAAUGUUCAGACACUUGAUAUUCUAUCAAGAUCUGGAGGGAAUCCAGUGGCCUUUUGUAUCUUUGAAUAUGUUUAUUUUGCAAGACCAGAUAGUAUAUUUGAAGGCCAAAUGGUUUACACAGUAAGAUACCGUUGUGGUCAGCAGCUGGCCAUUGAAGCUCCUGUGGAUGCAGACUUGGUCAGCACUGUCCCUGAGUCUGCCACACCCGCAGCUCUUGGCUACGCAACAAAGUGUGGACUUCCUUAUGUGGAGGUACUAUGUAAAAAUCGAUACGUAGGAAGAACUUUUAUUCAGCCAAACAUGAGGUUAAGACAACUUGGCGUUGCAAAAAAAUUUGGAGUAUUGUCAGACAACUUUAAAGACAAAAGAAUUGUUCUUAUAGAUGAUUCAAUUGUGAGAGGCAAUACCAUCUCACCCAUAAUAAAAUUACUCAAAGAAUCUGGUGCGAAAGAGGUACACAUCCGAGUAGCUUCACCACCAAUUCGAUACCCAUGCUUCAUGGGAAUAAACAUUCCUACAAAAGAAGAGCUUAUUGCCAAUAAACCAGAAUUUGAUCAUCUUGCAGAGUAUUUAGGAGCAAACAGUGUUGUGUAUCUGUCUGUAGAGGGACUGAUUUCAUCUGUACAAGAAAGGGUAAAAUUUAAAAAACAGAAAGUGGAAAAGCAAGAUAUUAUGAUUCAAGAAAAUGGAAAUGGUCUGAAAUGUCUUGAAAAGAAUGGCCAUUGUACAGCUUGUCUCACUGGAGCAUACCCUGUCGAACUGGAAUGGUAGCUGGUGGAGGCAGAUAAUGUUUUAAGUUACAGAGUUGGUCAGUACAUUUUAGUGGUUACACUGUAUCAGUUUACUGUUACU